UUUUUGUUAAACAUGGAACGCAGAACUGACUUUGGUGGCCGAAGAAACGACGUGUACUCUCGAGAACCGGCUCGAGUCGGCGGCAGCUUGUACGGAGACAGAGACCGAGAGAGGGGCGAGCGAAGGGGAGUGGGUGGGGGUAGAAGAGACGACCCGGAUGAACAACGGAGGAAAAUGUUCUGUGGAGGACUAAGCGUGGAGACAUCGAAAGAAACAGUCGAGACUUAUUUCUCCAGAUUUGGACCUCUACAAGAAGUCAUCAUGGUCCCUGAUAGUCGAACUGGGAGACCUCGUGGCUUCUGCUUCAUCAUCUUCCAAGACCAGUCCUCUCUUGACCUGGUGCUAGCUGAGAGGUCUCACAACAUAGAGGGCCGUAAUGUAGAGUGCACGCGUGCAGUAGGCAGAGAAGAAGUUCGCAAUAACCCCGGAUCGAUCAGAAAGACAAAGCGGGUAUACCUUGCCAGAACAAAAGACCUAACAGAAGAGGAGAUAGCAGAUUACUUUGAAACGUACAUUGGCAAGGAGCUAGGGAAUGUCGAGGCUGUUGAGCUGAUGAAAAACAAAGACACGGGAGUUCACAGAGGGUUUGGUUUCAUUAACUUCUCAUCCUUUGAGGCAGCGGACAAAGUGUGCGGCCAAAAAGACCACAAAAUUGGGAGGCAAGAUGUAGUUGCAAUAAAGGCAGAACCCAAAGCAGACAGACCUCCCGAGAGGUAUCCAUCCGGAGGGAGCAGGGGCGACUACGGGGGAGGACCAGACAGAAUGCCCAUGCUACCUGCACCUGCUGGAGCCAGAAUGAUAGCGCCGGCCCUGCAGGCGUCUCUGGCAGGUAGGCCGACCGCAGUCACCCCCAGUGGUCAAAGUGCGGCUGAUCUGAGACGGCUGGAGGAGGAGAUCAUGAUAAGAGAGGAACAGCUGAAAAUCAAGGAGAUGAAGUUGCAGUUGCAGAGUGCACGACUAGCAGAAGCUACGGGAGGCGGUGGUGGCAUGCCUCGCGGAGGAGGAAUGGGCCAGGUUGUUCUGGAGCGACCGAUGAUGGGCGGAGCGGGUAACUAUAGUGACCGCAUGAUGGGACCCCAGAACGUGCAAAUGGGAGGGGCCUAUGCUGACCCCCAGGGUUCAGGACAGCAGGUGGAGUAUGUAGACCGAAGAGUGACGAUUGCGAUGGGGGGACCCAGUGGUGCGGGGGGACCUAUCAGAACGAGAGACAGAUAUGUGGGCAUGAUGCAACCUGCCACCGUUGAUGAAGACCAAGCCUACGUUUCUCGUGGAUCCAGUGGCUAUGCCAGUGGGGGGUCGAUGGGAGGAGCAGGAAUGAUGCAGUCUGAUCUGGCGUUCUACGGGGGAACCGCUUCUGGCGGAGGAGGAGUUGGAUACUAUUAAAAGACGCACAAAGCUACCCGAUCAUCCCCUGCUCCGUUUGAUUUGAAAUUGAAAAACGAAAUGUUUCGAGAUUGUUGGAAAUAGAAACACAUCAGAUCACCUCAGCAACUCUGUUAGACCCUAGAAUCUCAAUAGAAGGAAGGACAAUAUUAGACUCUCAAACUUAAACUCCAGCAUUCGUUCCUGGUAAUAAAUAAGUAGAACAGAAAACUUAAUAUUUGUGAGAGUAUAAUGAGAAAGAAGAAUAAGCGCCAGUGAAACUAUUUGAGCCCCAGAAAUCAGGUCUUCGGUGUCACCUAUUUAUCGAUAUCUUGGAUAUUUUGUAUGCGAAGACGAUAAUAUUCCUUAUUUUAAAUGGUUCUUAAGAAGCUUACUAUCCCUCAAUAUUCGAUGUCUUUAUUUUAGUCAUUCUUCUGUUGCAUGUGUAUAAUGUCUGUGUAAAAGCAAAUCUGAACUUGGCUUAUUUUCCUUUU